CCACGGUUAAAGCCAAGCCAAAUCGGCGGAAGCGAAAAAAAGCAAAAAAAAAAUCCCGUCUCGUCUCGUCUUCUUCCUCCUCCGCGAUUUCCGUUGCAAAAAAAACCUCGUCUCGUCUCGUCUCUCUUCUUCCUCCUCGACAUCGUUUGUGAGGGUUUCGAUCUCGAAACCGACAAGGGUUCGCCCCGCGAGUGCAUGGCAGUGCGCCUACUGGCUAAUGAGGUGUCGGACCUGUGCAUCGGCAAGCCGGCGGUGAGGUCGCUCCCGCUCUCCGCCGCCGCCGGGGACCUGGCCGCGGCGCUCAGGAGGGGACCGCAGCAGGCAGCGGGAGGGGCGGCCGCGUGCGUCGCCGUCGUCGGCCCCGGGCGCGCCGUCGCGGGGAGGCUCGGGCUCGCCGACGUGCUCUGCUUCCUCUGCGCCGCGCCGGGCGCGCUCGCCCACCCCACCGCCGCGCUCUCCAAGCCCGCCUCCGCGCUCCUCCCCAAGGACGGCGCCGGCGAGGUCCGCCGCGUCGACCCCCGCGCCAGUGUGUUGGAGGCGCUUGAUGCCGUCUUGAGCGGCGCGCAGGUGCUCGCCGUCCCUCUCCGCUCCGGCGGCCGGAGGAAGCAGCUCGGCGGCGGCGGCGGUGGCGGCGGCGGCGGCGACUACUGCUGGUUGACGCAGGAGGACCUCGUCCGCUACUUCCUCAACUCCAUCUCCCUCUUCUCCCAUGUCGCCGGCCGCUCCGUCUCCUCCCUCGGCCUCGUGCGCGCCGACGACCUCCUCACGGUGCGGCCCCACGAGGCAGCCCUGUCCGCCGUGCCCCUCCUCCGCCGCGCCAUCGCCACGGAGACCGCGGUCGCCGUCGUCGACGACGGCGGCCACCUCGUCGGCGAGAUCUCCCCCGCGCUCCUCGCGUCCUGCGACGAGACGGCGGCCGCGGCCAUCGCGACGCUGUCGGUGGCCGACCUCAUGGCGUACGUCGACUACUUCGGCGCGCCGCCGGAGCACAUCCUUCGCGCGGUCAAGGCCGGGCUGAAGAGCAAGGGCCUCGACGCCAUGCUCGAGCUGGUGGAGAACGAGGCGGUGUCCUCCUUCGCGUUCUCCUCCUCCUCCACCUCGUCGUCCUCCGACGACGAGGCCCACGGCCGCGCCGCGCGGCUGAGGCGGCCGUCGUCGGGGAGCUACGGGCGCCGCUCGACGGAGGAGCCGGUGGUGUGCAGCCCGGCGAGCUCGCUGGUGGCCGUGAUGAUGCAGGCGCUCGCCCACCGCGCCAGCUACCUGUGGGUGCUCGACGAGGACGACGACUGCCGCCUCGCCGGGAUCGUCACGUUCGCCGACGUGCUCACGGUGUUCCGCGAGCAGCUGCAGUGAAGGCCGCUGCCGCGGCGACGCCAAGAAAGAGUUCUUUUUUUUUUUUCUGUUGCGGCGAUCGAUCGAUGGAUCGUUGUGCAUGCCUGCAUCCUUGUUCUGAAAACAUUUUGGAGUGUUUGUUUUGAAGCGUUUUGAACUCUGAACUCUGAAGUAUUUGUCUCUGCCUUGGCCUGGUGCUGAUGAACAAACUGAGACUUUUUGGAUAUGCCUUCCAAAUAAAUAAGCAUUUGAGUUUUCAUGCUGUA